AGUGGAAAUAGUAUGCUGUGUAGUAGUAUACCGGUUGGAGUUUCAUUCACUUUCUACUUCAUUGAUGAAAAUAUAUAUCAUACAGGCGGACAUUCAAACUCAUUGUUCUUCAGACUAAUUUUUGAUGAAGUAUCGAUAAUGUUUACAUUUUAUUCACUCUUUAAAUAGUCGUGAGAACAUUUUAAUUUUAACGACUUUCGUUACUCGACACCUUUCAUAUGGUUGAGUCUGUCAAAACUUUUGAAUGUAACCAACGUGUAAUUCCAAAAAGAUGAAACGAUUAAAGAGUGAAUUAAUUAAUGCCACAAUUGAGUCAUAUUUGAAACGACGUCAUUACCAGACCAGCGAGGUUUUCUGCAAAAGCAAUCAAGUAUACUGUCGAACCAGCGAUGAAAUGACUUUAAAUGCAACUGCUGCCUCUGCUACAUCUCAAGAUAAUUCCAUCAUUUUCAGUGCUAUUAGCAUCGAUGUUGCUGCUGCAGAUCAAGCAUAUCAACGAUUAAAGAUGUGGGUAAAUAUUGCAAUCGAUGAUAAGUUGAAAAUGGAAUUAAAAGGGCUUUUAUACCCUGUAUUUUGUCACUUAUAUUUAGAGAUGCUACACGCUGGUAACAGGCAAGCGGCGAUUCAGUUUCUAAAAUCGCAUCAAAAUGAAUUUAAUAGCGAAACAGAAAAAGACUUUUUAGAAGAGCUAUCCAGUGUAUUUUCAGUACAAGACAUUGAGUUGAGACCUUUGGUUAAUUCAUUUAGAACUAGAAAAUACAAAGUGGAUAUGUCUGAUAUUGCUCAUUUAUGUCUUCAACAGUUUCUUGCAAAACAUGGACAUAUUAUAUUAAUGCAGAUAAUAAAUACACAUGUGACAAUAAUUAAAAAAAUGGAUGUGCCUGAAACACAUGCAGAAGGAUGCGAAGAAACAGGUACACGAUGCGAAGUAGGAAUUAAUGGAUAUGUAGAGCAGCCAUCUGGAACUGGAGCUGAUCGUGAAAUGCGAGAAUUGCAAGAAGCUAUAAGAUUAAUUCGUAAUAAUGUGCAUCAACCUCUACGAAUAUUCACAGUGAAUAAUGCAAUUGAAAAUGCGAGUAGUGGCGUAAUUCCGCCAAAUAUGGACAAAUUAGCAGUAGGAUUUAGUACUACAGAAAUUAGGCUGUGGGGUAUAAAUGAAACAGUAUUAAUCAAGCCAAAGUAUGAAGAACCUUCCUUCUCGUUUGCCUCCGACACUCCGUUUUUACACAAGUUUUAUGAAACUGGAGACAGAACGACUGAAGGAGGGGCAGUGAUACUUAGAGGACACACGGAUAUUGUACAUGAUUUAAGGUUUAUUCCAGAAUCAGAAAUUUUACUUUCUGUAUCUAGUGAUAAAGACAUGAGGGCGUGGAGACUUAACGAUUACUCAUGUGCCGCGAUUUAUAGCGGUCACAGUUAUCCUGUAUGGUGUAUGGAUCUUAGUGUGUUCAAUUUGUAUGUGGCAACUGGUUCUCAUGAUAGAACCGCCAAAUUAUGGUCGUUAGAUAGAAUAUUUCCAUUGCGCAUAUUUGCUGGUCAUUUUUUAGAUAUAAAUUGCGUAAAGUUUCAUCCAAAUGCUCGAUAUUUAGCGACUGGGUCCGCUGAUAAGACUGUUAGAUUGUGGGAUAAAGACGACGGAAAUUUAUUAAGGGUAUAUAUCGGAGCACAGUCAACAAUUUAUAGUUUAGCCUUUAGUCCAGACGGAAAGUAUUUGGCAGCUGCUGGCGAUGACAAAUCUAUCUUUGUUUGGGAUUUAGCAACUAAUGGAUUGUUAACCGAACUUAAAGGACACGAAGACACGAUUAUGAAUUUAGACUGGAGUUUUGAUGGUCAGUACAUAGCUAGCGGAAGUUUAGACGGCACGAUUCGUUUAUGGCCUACCCAUGACCAUAUAAAAACUGUUAAUAGCAAUUCGUCAAACGUAGUACCUGAAUCGGAAUCACCACAAAUAUACUCAACUUAUUGCUCGAGUAUUCUUUCCUUACGAUAUUACAAUAAAAAUAAUUCACUCGUGUGUAUCGGAACGGUGGACAAUUUGUAAUAUAUUAAAUUAAAAAAUAAUUAAAUCCAAUAUAUUUGUAAUCCUGGUCUUUUAUUAUUUUACCUUAUAAAUAUUUUUACACUCUGAAUAAAUUUUUAAUACUGUAAUACCCUAGUAGACAAG